AUGCGGACAUGGCAGCGGACAUUUGCCACGUCUGUUGCCAGACUGAAUAGUAAUGCAACAGGACGAAGCGGCGGUACCACUCUCCUGCGCUGCGCGGAAGUCCUCCGGAAGAGUCAGGCUGGGAGCAGCAAUUACGAGAAUCAAGAAAUCAAGAUCAACGGUUUCGUUCGCUCCGUUCGAAAGCAGAAACGCUUCGCGUUCGCAGAGAUUACCGAUGGCUCGACUAUUGAGCCCUUACAGGCGUUCCUACAACCGGCGCAGGCGGCAGAAUUAUCUACAGGAACGGCCGUCGAGAUUUCUGGUCUGUGGAAGGCUUGCCCGCCUGGUAAAGAACAGAGCCAUGAACUUCAAACGACUGAGGUGAAGAUUGUGGGUCAAGCAGAACCAGAGACAUAUCCUAUACAAAAGAAAUACCACAGUCCUGAAUUCCUUCGGUCGAUUCCCCAUCUUCGUCUCCGAACGCCCUUCAACUCCGUCCUCUCGCGGUUUCGCUCUGAAUGCCUAUACCAGCUGGGCAAUGUCUUUCGUGAUGCGCCGAAUGGCGGCUACGUACAAGUUCAACCGCCUUUGAUUACAUCAUCGGACUGUGAAGGAGCUGGGGAGACAUUUACGGUGCUGCCGCGUGAGACAAUCAUGGAUCCCAAGUCGGAGGGGAUCCAUUUCUUCCGAGCUCCCAAGUACCUGACGGUCUCGUCGCAGCUCCAUCUCGAGGCCUACGCAGCUGAGCUGGGAAAUGUCUGGGCUAUCUCACCGACGUUUCGUGCGGAGAAGAGCGACACGCCACGCCAUCUCAGCGAGUUCUACAUGCUCGAAGCGGAGAUGAACUUCAUGGACGAUCUCGACUCCCUGACAGAUGCGGUGGAAUACGUGGUCCGCGAUCUUACUCGCCGGUUAUAUGAGUCGCCGGUCGGCCAAGAGAUCCUGGCCGCCAAACGGUCAGGCGAGAGCGGCCAAGACGAUGCCGGGAAUGGGGCAGUGUCAAACCUUCGACAGCGAUGGGUUGAUCUAAUGGAGGGGCCACGCUGGCGACGUAUCAGCUAUACGCAGGCGAUGGAGUUGCUCGAGGGGGCGGUCGCUCGGGGAGAGGUCUCGUUCGAGUAUGCUCCCACAUGGACCGAAGGCCUCCAACUCGAGCACGAGAAGUACAUUGUCGAGGUGAUCAACCGGGGUCAGCCGGUGUUCGUGACGGAUUAUCCCAAGGCCAUCAAACCGUUCUACAUGGCGCCGUCACAGGUGGCCCCAGGCAAGGAAGAGGACGUCCGCGCGCCCGGUGAAACGGUCGCCUGCUUCGAUCUUCUCCUGCCGGAGGUCAGUGAAGUCGCGGGCGGAUCACUCCGUGAACACCGCCUGCCCAACAUUAUCCAGAACAUGCGCGACCACGGGUUGAUCAAGGAGCGAUUGUAUCCUAGCUCUGGUGGUGCUGGAGAGACGUCUACGACCGAGACUGCCCCUGAGCAGCCGUUGUACCCUCAUCUCCAGCCGUAUGAAGACCUAGGACAUCUGCAGUGGUACGCCGAUCUUCGACGGUGGGGGAGCGCACCGCAUGGAGGGUUCGGGCUUGGGUUUGACCGGUUUUUGAGUUAUCUAGCUGGAGUUUCGAGUGUGCGGGAUGUGGUGGCUUUUCCUCGAUACUUUGGCCGGGCUGAUUGUUAG